AUGGUUAGCUAUUGCGACAACGAUGCGGCGACAGAGCCACAGAGCGAGAGCGAGACAGAACUUGGAGGAUCUCGCUCUGUAGCUGUCGCGUUUUCGCGAUCUCGAUCUGUAGCUGUCGCGUUUUCGCGAUCUCGAUCUGUCGACCUUGCUGAUUUACUCUUUCGCAUUAUUUGGCUAAUAGGAUUCAAUGGCAAGUACGAGAUUGGAGCUUUACACAGAUCCGGAAGUCCAACUUUCCUUGUCCUUAAACCGAUAGAAGGUAAUUCUGACAUUCUUCUGAUUGGGUACUUACGUGGUGGAACUACGUUCACUGGGGAAAUCCUGGGGCUCCGAGAGGGGAAUUUUUAUAUGUAUGAACCUCUUCAUAAAUGGAGUACAUGGGACUACUAUAAACCAGGCUACAGCUGCAGCCUUGAGAAUGAACAUUGCACUAUGAGUACCAGAACGGAUUCCUUCGUCAUGGACAUCUUACGAGGAUUGUAUAAAUGUGAUAGUAAUCAUUUGCUGAAAUCUCUACAGAUGUGGCAGCUAUUAAAGGGGAGGGGAUUUAGAGACAGUAUACAAAAUCCGACAUGGGCAAACUAUUUUCCUGAAUGUCACGGUAAGGUGGAAGGCUGCAUAGAAAAAGUUAUAAGCCGUUGUGCUAACGCAACAGCACGAGUCAGCAAAGUACCUCGUGUCAGUGUCAGUUUGGCAGCACAACUGUUAAAUUCGGUACCGAAUCUGAAAAUAAUUCACCUUGUAAGAGAUCCGAGGGCUAUCAUGGCUUCAAGACAUGCUCUUAAAUGGACACCUGCACCUGGUGGAUCAAUUUCUUUAUGUAAUAAAAUGAAGGAAGACUACCUUGAAUCAUACAUGAUGCGGACAACACAUCCGGGAAGAUUAUUGACUGUUUUUUAUGAAGAUCUUGUGACAAACCCAGCAAAAACAGUUCAAAUGAUGUUUGAUUUUGCAGGAUAUAAUUUUGACGAAAAGGAACAGAACCGAUUGAAAAAUAUGACUGGGAUGACAACGAAGAAUAUCCUCAAUUCUGAAACCAGGGGAACAUCCUUACGAAUCGCUUUAGCUUGGAGAAAGAGGGUAAAUGAAACAUUUCUGAAUGUGAUGAAUCCGGGAUGUAACGAUCUAUACAAAUUUCUAGGAUAUCCUCCGCUGAAAACAAAUAUUGACCUGUACAACAGUAGCAUACCUCUCCGAAUUUCAAACUGA